UCUGUGCUUCUUUCACCUUCUCCAAUAAAAUUUGACCUUAAUCUUAAGCUUCUUUGUUUCCACAGUCCCUUCCUUCAUGUCUCUCUCUUCCUUCUUAUUAUAAGACAACAAUAUUACCAUACUCUUCUUUGGUUACAUAAUUGGUUCUGCCAAAGACCUUGUCUUCAGCUCAAAUUUUAAGAACAUUGAAAUGGGGAAACUAGGUAGAAUGUUGGAAACUUUUUGUCUUUCAUCUUGUUCCAAAACUUGCUUUUGCAUGAACUUUUCUGAAUUUGAAGAUGAACUAGAGAGAAAGUCUUUGAUUAGUAGUGAAAGUGAUCAUAAACUAAGAUUGAAAGAUGUUGUUGAUGGAAAACAAACAUUGGCUUUUCAAUUGAAACCUCAGAUUGUGAUAUUGAGAGUGUCAAUGCAUUGUCAUGGAUGUGCAAGAAAAGUUGAGAAACAUAUCUCAAAAUUAGAAGGAGUGAGUUCAUACAAAGUGGAUCUAGAAACCAAAAUGGUAGUUGUUAUGGGUGACAUUCUUCCCUUUGAAGUAUUGCAAAGUGUAUCUAAGGUGAAAAAUGCACAAAUUUGGAAAUCUCAUGCUAAUGAGGAAUAAUUUUGUACACAAAAUCCAUCUUAUGAAGAUUCAACAAAGACAAAAGUUGAAGUAGAAUGAAGGAACUAUUAUUUAUGUUCUAUCAUUGUGUUGUUAUAUAAAAUGUAUAGUAUUAUCAAUAA